AUGAAUUUGUUAAAGAAAUUAACAAAACAAAAUGAUGAAACAGAAAUUAGAGACAGUAUACCUGUUCUAGUUGAAGAUAUAACAGUUGUGCCAGUUAAUGAAAUAUUACAAGUUGAAACCACUCCACAUAAAAUCAUCCUACAGAUUUACCAAAGGAUGUAG